AUGUACAGGAACAUUGUGUGUACUGCGAUCAAGCUGUGUGGUCGCGUUGCUUCAGGCGCAAGGCGUCCGCGGGCAGCGUGUCCUACGGGGCCGCCCCUCCCCCUCGUCCCCCCCUCCACCCCCUCCGCGCCCCCUGCUUCCGCCUCUGCUUCCCCCCCUCCGCCGCGCCUCGCGCCCCCCCCUGCCCCCCCCGCCGCCGCCCCCGACGAGGGAAGGCGCUUCGUGGUGACGCCGCCCGUGGCCGGCGCCCCCGUCCCGUCCGGCACCAUCCUGCGCCCCGGGCCGCCCGUGGUGCAGGGCCUCUCCCAGGGCCGGGAGUCCGCCCUCAGCCGCGACUCUGCCUUCAGCCGCGACUCGACCACGCGACUCGACCGGCCGGGACUCGACCUUCGGCGGGACUCGACCUUCGGCCGGGACUCGACCCUGAGUCGCGACUCGACGCUGGGCCCCUACUCGAGCUCGGGGCGCGAGUCGACGCUGGGUCGGGGCUCGACCUUGGGCCGCGGCUCGACCCCGGGGCGCGAGUCGGCGCCGGGUCGCGGGUCGAGCCAGAGCCGCGCCGGGCCAGGCAGCGCCAGCCCGGCCGCCGUCACCACCAUGGCCGUCACGCACCACACCGUCACCACGUCCUCGGCGCCCGUGCCCGCCGCGCCCCGACGCUCAUGUACGUAG